AAUUAUAGUUCGAAUUACUGAGUCGAAUUACAGUACGAUUUGCCUGUGUAUUGUGACUUUGACAAUUAAAUUUUAUAAAUUUACUUUUCUAUUUUAAACGAUAGACUAUAUUCAAUAAAUCAGGAAAUAAACGUAGCGAUAUAACGAAUUUAACUUUAGAUUUAUACGCGCAUGUCGGAAAGCUAUAUGUAUGUAUCAUUUGUAAACACCAAAUCACAAUAAUACACAAGUAGACAACCUUGAGGUAGGCAGUAACAGAUUCUCAGGCGUACAGGUAACAGUAAUUCUGUCGGCAAUUCGUGCGAAGGUGCAGUGUGAUAAACGCGUUUUGAAGCCAAAUUAAAAUGCAACUUUAAUAGAGUGCAAAUAGAUAUUUAAUUAAUCGCGAGCUCAUCUUGUAUUAGUGAUUAUUUGGGCAUAAGUAUGACGAGACGCAGACUGCACAAACGAUCGCGGAAGAGGGCCAAGUUUCACAAGGUGCAGGAGUUCCUUCGGAAGAAUGUUCGAUCGAAACUCUUUGAUUCGAGAAAUGAAGACAAAAAAACUACAAGCAACGUGUCGUACGCGCGUCAACGUUCUCCGGAAUCGGUGCUGUUCGAAUCGCCACGCCCGGACCCGCUCUACAACGAGCUCAGUCCAGAGAUCAUUCCCAAGCCUUCUCGAACGAGGUCGGUGAACUUAAAAAAUUAUCCAGAAAUCGACGACGGGAUCGCCGCGCGGAUGAUCAACCAAUCGAGUCCGAUCUCGUCCAAGGGUCGCGAGCCGGAGCUUCCGAUGUACGAUUUUAAGCACGAUACCAAAAGUGUAAAUGAUUUUUCUAAUUUAGGAGACUCCGAGGAACGCGAGCGAAACGCUGCCAAAUCGAUCGUCGACGACCCGUUUGAUCUCGCGGACAGCUCAUUCAGUUUAUCGUCCUUGAGCAAUGAGGCAAACAACAACGCGAAUAGAACGGCCGAUGUAACGCACGAUGAGAGAUCCUUAUCGAAUACCGUCGACAAAGCGGUCUGUCGAAAAAAUAUCUCGGGGUUAGUGAUAUCUCGUCCCAACACUCCCAACUUGGAAUUCCUGCAAUCGCGCGACGAUACAUACACUUCCGCAAAUGUGGGUCCGCCGGGGUCCGCAAAUUUCGCCGAAAAACGAUCCUCCGGAGUGAGGUCGAAUCAACGGAAAAAUUGCUAUAUAUUUAAAACGACGGACGAUUAUUUAUUGGACAAGACGAUUUCGAUAAAUGAUAAUCUCGUGCACGAGGCGAUGAACAGUUAUCUGGACGAACAAUCGUCGACGAUCAUCGCCAGCAAAUUGGGAAGGGAUCGUGUCUCAGAAUUCCCCGCGCAUUUUGAGAUCGACGAGCGAAGAGAGCUCGCCAGAUCGUCGGUCCGCAGAUCCGUCGAUGGACCUGACGACGGAUCGCGAGACAAUCUCGACAAGAAUAAGAGAAGAACGUCGUCGAGCGACAACAAAAAAUUCGACGUCGCGCUCGAGAAAAUUGGCGAACGUUUGACGGCGAACUGGCGCGAGUUCCGGAAGAUCUUCGCGUAUCUGCGGCGGACGGAGAAAAGGACUCGCAACGAGGACGCAGCCGAACGCGGCGAGUUCUUGUUACACAGAUACAGACGACUCCCCUACGCCUCCGUCUCGACAUUGUCCCUGCCCGCGUCCGUGCUUUCCUCAUCUUCGCCGUUGCCUGCAAAGAGGUACAAUCACGAUGAGUCUGGCCGCGAGUGCGGAAAAUCGAAAUGGGAGGAAGCUGAGAAGAGUGGAAUUCCGCUGGAAUCCACGACGCCUCGCAUCGGAUUGAUGAAACAUUGCCGCCGAACGACCUUGACAUUUGAGGACGAGAACGAAGGGGAGGCGGCCAGGCACCGGAAACCGGCAACUCGAGCGGAUAUCACGAAUCCACUUUCGAAAGAGAAAAAGGAGAGCGCGGAACGUUCGUUUCCAUUAGAUCUAUUAACGUUCUGCGAUGAAACGCAGCAUCAAGACAGCCGCAUCCCGGAAUCAACGAUCACCUCGGACAUUGAACUAUCUGAUCGCGAGGGUUGCAGCGACUCCUUGCAAAAAAUAGAUUAUCAUUGGAAUGGCACUCAGGAGCAUCAAGCGCCCGAAAAUGUUGCAACGCUUCGAGCCCCUCGCAGCCACGUGUCUCGACGAAGAAACAUUUCCCGCACGAUAGUCACGUGGUUGAUCGCUAUCUGCAUUUGGCUGAUAAAGAAAUUGCUGCAUCUCGUAAAUGUCAAUUAUAAGAAGCUAUGGCAGAAAUUGAUCAUCUCGCCUUCGUCGAGUUUUUGGGCAAAGAAAUCCGAUCAUCUGAUGGAAACAAUGCGUUCUGAAAAGAAAAUAUUACAUGCCAUGUCGGAGAAAAUGAUGAGACUUUCGGAAGAUUUCGUCCAGAUACGAACGAACAUCGAAGCCACUCUUAAUGCUCUGACAGCCGAGAUGAACGCCUUUCGUGAAACUGGUAAAAAAAUGACGGAUGAUAAUAUGGCAUUGCUGCAGGAGCUGAAGAAAUUGCGUGAUACGUUAGAGGAAGUUCGAAUGAAAUCUUUGCAACCGGUUCUUUUACCUUCUUCGGGUUCUACAACUUCCCCUGUUUCACCUCCGCUUCCACCUCCACCUUCACCUCCACCACUCCCUCUUCCUCCUCCUCCACCGCUACCAUCUUUGGUAUUUCCUCCGCUGCCGCCGCCACCACCACCAUCACCACCGCCACCGCCACCACCGCCACCACCACCGCCACCGCUACCUCUUUCAUUUCCUCCAAAAGCAUAUACUUCGGAAUCAGCAUCAUCAAUACCACCCCCGCCCCCUCUCCUCCCUUCGACUUCUUUGCAAUCUUCAAUGCCAUUGAUACAACCGACAACUCCCAACAAUAGCAGAAGUAACAAGAACAGGACACCCACAAGAAAGUGUUCCACGCCAUUGUUCAACAGGCCUAGCAUCACCGUCGAGGACUUAUUGAAAGUCACUUUGAGAAAGGCUCCACAAAACAUUCACAAAGAAAACAGACGAAACACUGUACCAGCCUCAAAAGGUCCAGUCGUGUCCUUGGAAAUGUUGCGCAACGUAAAGCUAAAAUCUGCGAAGCGUAGACCUAAUGAUCAAACUGGAAAAUCGCCCAGAAACGGCCGAGUCGUUAAAGGCCGAACCGCGUCGAAUAUCACUCUCUCGCCGAUCUUGACCGGAUCGGAGGAUAAUUUGGAGCGGAUCCUGCGGCGAGUUGAUCUGAAUAGACCAAGGAGAUUAUUAUCUGGCUCAAGUAGCUUUCGCGAACGCGAUUUUACGAAAGAAACGCAAUAUCAGUCGUUAGAAACACUGUCGUAUAGCAAAUCCACGUUUGAAUAACUGCAGUGUCAAAUAUAUGUAUUGUGACAUCGGAAACAAGAAAUUUACAUGAAAUUUUUAAAAGAAAAAACUAUACGUUAAAAUAAUUUCUCGUCUUGCAUAUCAUAAACAUAUUAGAUAUGUCAGAUUUAUGACAUUUUAUAAAAAUUUAAAAAUAUAAUUUAAAAGGAUUUUUUUAUUUUAUUAAAGAAAAAUUAGAAAAAAAUUAAUUUAUAACGAUAUAUGCAAGGAAAAGAAAUUGAAUUCUCACUUCUGAUGUCAUUAUCUAAUUGACUGCAAUAAAAGAUGAUUAAAAGCUUAAAAAAUUUAAAUUAUGUUAACACAGACGUAUGACAUAUUCGUCAUCUAAAAUUAAAAUACCUAAUUUAUAUUCAAAUAUUUAAUAUUAAUGUUUAACAGACGAGCUCAAAGCUCUUUUCGCUGCGCAAUUUUUCUGUAACUGGCUGGCCGAAAAUUUAAAUUGAUCUUUUUAAUAAAACUGUGACCAAGGCAUAGAUUUGUAAUUACUUUAUUUGUAGCUUUCAUGUGUGUGGUUUUACAGAAAAAAAGAUUGUAUCCGGUGUAUUCGCAUCGAUUGUAAUACAGAGCGUAAGAACGCAUGCGGAUCCAAGAAUGUAAAAUCAAUUCCUCCGAACGAUGAUGAAAAAAGCAUUGCGCACUGUUAUUUGUUCAUAGCGAUCAGUAAUGUAUCGAAACCAAUGAAAUCGAACAGAUCCAAUGGUGGUUUGAAAUUUACAUAGUUUGUCGAAAUGAUCCAGAUGGUCUCUGAUUAAUG